GGCGCGCCGAGCGCAUCGCUCGAGGCGGAGGAGGCGCGAUGGCUCCGCAGCGGCGGGCGCUGCCCCGCGGCCCCGACAGCGCCGGGCCGGGGCUGGGUCGGGGGGGCCGCCGGCACAGCAGCGCCAGGAAGGGCAGAGUCCAGCAGGAUCCGCAGGGAAGGUGGCUGAAGGCAGCAAUCCUCCUCUUCCUCCUCUCCGCUGCGGCCGGCGGCGGCCUCGUGGUCUGGAGCCGCCUCCGCACGCAGGAUGAGGUCCCCGAGGGUGCAGUCCCUGAAGAUGGGGUCAGUGAAGUGCUGGCACAUCGCAGCGAUAAUCUGCGGGACAAGUUCGUGGAGAUCCCCUGCUCGGAGGACUACGACGGCCACAAGCGAUUUGCAGGUUGCACUCCUAGGAAGUGUGGAAGAGGUGUGACAGAUGCUAUAAUCACAAGGGAAGAAGCUGAAAGAAUUCGUAGAAUAGCAGAGAGGGGACUGUCCUUGGGAGGAUCUGAUGGAGGGGCAUCAAUUUUGGACUUGCACUCCGGAGCUCUUUCCCUGGGGAAGCAUUUUGUUAAUCUGUACAGGUACUUUGGGGACAAAAUUCAGGACAUCUUCACAGAAGAGGAUUUUGCAUUAUACCGGGAUGUGAGGCAGAGGAUUCAGCAAAGGAUUGCUCAGGUGUUUGGUAUCAGCUCUUCUGCCAUGUACCUUACCAAGCCAACGUUCUUCUCCAGGAUGAACAGCACAGGAGCCAAGACAACACACGAUGAGUACUGGCACCCACACGUGGACAAGGUGACUUAUGGCUCUUUUGACUACACUUCUCUGCUCUAUCUCUCUGACUACUCCAAAGACUUCGGGGGUGGACGGUUCGUGUUCAUGGAUGCAGAUUCCAACAAGACAGUGGAGCCUCGAGCAGGCCGGGUGUCGUUUUUCACCUCUGGAUCAGAGAACCUGCACCGGGUGGAGAAGGUUCAGUGGGGCACUCGCUUUGCCAUCACCAUCUCCUUCAGCUGCGACCCCGAGCACGGCAUCGGGGACCCGCUCCUGGGCUGAC